CAAAACUAAAACACCGUUUAUACUGUAAAAAAAAAGCAGUUCGCGGGCCAUAUAAUUCCCCUGUAUCGUUUAAAACCGAGAACAAAGGCGCGCAGUCGACCGAGCUCGCGAUGGAAGAAAAAGAAGAAGAAGAAACUACCGUAGCUUUUAAUUUCGAAUACUCGAACGAGGACGACAAUAACAACAUUGCUACCGGUACUCGAGAGAUCUGUUUGUCCGGCUGCGGCAGACCAUCCUCCGUAUGCAUCUGUGCACACCUCCCACCCACACCCCUCUUAACCUACUCCCGAAUCCUUAUCCUGCACCACCCCCACGAACUACGCCACAAGCUUUCCACCGUCCCUCUCCUCUCCAAAUGCCUCCUCAAUUUCCAAACCCUAAUCGGUCGCCGUCUCCGCCUCGGCCUCUCUCCUCUCCUCGAUUCCCUCUACCACGCCGCCGCUUCCUCUCAUCGUCCCCAUGCCCUUUUCCUCUUCCCUGGUACGGACUCCUCCCCAUCCGUCGAUCUCCACGACUGGGCCGCUGCACACCCCGUGGAGCGAACCCACGAUCUGGUUCUGAUUGUCUUUGACGGGACGUGGAAGCACGCGAAGGAGAUGGUGAGUGCCAGCCUUCCUUUCCUGUCUAAGUUUUCAAUUCAAGUUUCUUUGAAGUAUGAUGUGGGGUUUGAUGGUGAGAGCGCCUUCGAUUCGGAUCUUGUUCUGAGGAAGGAGCCGUUCCUUGGGUGCGUUAGCACGAUCGAGGCCGUCGCUCGGGCAUUGAGGAUUCUCGAGGUCGACGGGGUCGAGAUCGAGGAAUGGCUUCUUUCGGUGCUUCGAGCUGUGGCUCAGUUCCAGGCUUGUCAUUUCAAGCCCGUGAAGCCGAGGUCGAAGUUGUUAAAGAAGGGGAAACAAAAUAAAAAGAAGGACAGUGAACUUGAAUAGUUGGAUCAGUGAUUCGUGUGAGAUCCAAUUUUGUACCUGCACUUUAAUUGAGGAAAUUGUCCAAAGAAAUAUAUAUCGGCAUUCUUGAAGGAAAGAUGCCAAUUCAUCACGUUGUUACUGCAUUAAAUGUAUCUUUAUAGAUUAUCGAAUUAGGGGGAAUUCCUAUGACCA